AUGGCAUCUUCAUCAACCACGACGCAGCCACUCCUGGACCACAUUGUGAUCCUGGUCCCUCACUCCUUCCUCAUAUCCCCACCGGACUGGUUCACCAAUGACAAGCUAUUCACCUUUUACCCCGGCGGCCGCCACGCAGAUGGCCUGACCGAGAACACACUGGUUCUGCUCGCCGACGGCUCGUAUAUCGAGUUCAUCGCCUUUGUGCCGGGCAUCGACCCCACGAAGCGUGGGGGGCACAAGUGGGGGCGCGAAAAGGAAGGCACCGUCAUCGACUGGGCCUUGACGCUGCCCAGCAGCGCUGGGAGUGGUCUGGGAGAGCAGACCAGGACGUUCGGGAAUUUCCAGCAGCAGGUGAGGGACACGCGGACGGGCAUCACGUACGCCGAUCUCGUGCCCGGCGGACGACACCGCCCUGACGGCGAGGAGUUGAAGUGGGCGGUCGCAGCGGCCUAUGUGGAUGGCGGCGAGCCGGUAGAGCCGGGGCUGCUGCCAUUCUGGUGUCUGGAUGAUACGAGGCGCGGGCUGAGGGUUCCGUAUCAGCAAGACGGCGUCACGAGACAUGCUACGGGCGCUGUAGGCAUCGCGCUGGUCUCGGUCACGCCUGAUGCUCAGGACGAGGCGGAGAAUCUGGACAAGGUGUACGAUGCGCUCUUGGGUGAGGACGCAACGUCGGGGGAUGAUUCGCUGUGGGAUCUCAAGACACUAGAUGGCGAGAAGCUGCAUGCGGGCGGUCAGGUCCGUCUGGAGGCGGUUGCUGAGCAUGCCAAGCUUUCAUUGGCUUUCUUCACGGACUUGAGGGAGUUUGAAGGAAGGACGAUUGGCGGCAAGGUUACUGAUGACGUUGAGCUGAAGUUUGAGUUCGUUUCUGCACGGUGA